UGUAACCUGACGUAAACGUGAUGAUGUAUGUAACAAUCGGUAAGCGGAAGUAGUUGUUUUGACUUUGGUCCGAUUCUUCCAUUCCACGUUCAGCCGGCGACUCUCGUUUCCGAUUUCUCUUUGCUGGAAAGUGUGACAAAAUGACUUCUAAGCGUCGUAACGGAGGACGUGCCAAACACGGUCGUGGACAUGUCAACCCGGUACGCUGCACAAAUUGUGCUCGUUGUGUACCCAAGGACAAGGCUAUAAAGAAGUUCGUAAUUCGUAACAUCGUCGAGGCAGCUGCUGUCAGAGAUAUCACAGAAGCUAGCGUAUACUCGGCUUACCAGCUACCCAAGCUUUAUGCAAAGUUACACUACUGUGUGUCGUGUGCUAUCCACUCCAAAGUUGUUCGCAACAGAUCCAAAGAGGCUCGUCGCAUCCGCACUCCACCCCAGCGUAACUUUCCCCGGGACAUGCGUCAAGGACAGCAACAAAGGAAGUGAAUAAUACCAUGUACAAUUUCUAAGCCUAAAUAAAAUUUGUAAAACCGA